CAACACGUAGCCCCCUGGAUCCUCCAGACCCCUUCCCUAACCAGCUGAACCCCGUAGCGACAGAUCUACCCUUGGAGAUAGCUUCUACCUCCACAGCCUCAAUGCUUCUUCCUUCUACCUCCUCAUCCACUUUGUUGGCAGCUUACCCUGACAAACACACCCUCAAAUCUCCAAUCUCUUCCUCUGUCACAUCCUCCUCACCUUAAUCACAAAAGGAAAUCAACACCACCACCCACUCGUCUUCCAAAUCCGCUUGGCUCCUGCGAUCUCCAAAUCAAGGCUUUACGAACUCCCUUCCAAGAAUCUUUCUCUUCAGAUGGUUCCCCGCAAACCCUCUCCUCCCGCUCCAUCCAGGUCCCCAGCAGAAAUGGCCUCCUCCUCUUCCAUAUCCCCGUCUUCUCCUCUUCCCUCUUCUUCCUCAGCUCCUGCUCCAUCCAGGUCCUCCUCCUCUUCCUCAGCUCCUGCUCCUUUUAGAGAAGAGCUACUUCCGACCUUCCAAGCCCUGGUAAACUUGCUCCUUCGCUUGGUGCUCUACUUGAUUUUCCUCUUCGUCCCCAGAGAUGAGUUGCAUCUGGGUCCCAGUCAGCCCGGCGGCUCCUACAAAUGUGGCCUCAUCAGUAACGGCACCGCAGGCCGCAGACCCACCCUAAUUGAACCAGAGCGGCUGAAGGACUUUGGCGAGGAGGAUCUUGUCAACGGGGACGUGAAGGUCUACAGCACCAAGGUGAUGGGGGGUCCUGAGAUCAUGCUCAUGGAGCCCCCCAAAACCAGACGCCUCAGCGAGUUCAGGAUCGUCCCCAGACCUCUUGUCCAGUACCUUCGCUUUGAGGAUAUCAGUGCCGCGGCCUUCAGGAUCCAGACGGGGAUACAGAGGACACCCUGCACGUACUCCAGACUGUCCAAACAGUACGGGAUGGAGAUCUACCUGAAGAAGGAGCACCUGCACUACACCGGCUCUGUGAAGGAGAGAGGAGUCCUCUACCUGCUCACCUCCCUCACACAGGCGCAGCAGAGGAAGGGCGUGAUCGUGGCCACGGACUGUAACUUCUCCAUGGCCGUGGCUCACCAUGCGGUGGAGCUGAAGAUCCCCGUGUUCGUCAUCAUGCCGUCAUGCUGCUCCUCGCCUCGCCUCAGGAUCUACAGGGACUACGGCGCCAUGGUCAUCUCCUACGGCAGCACCAGCUACGACUCUCAGAACCACGCCCGUCAUCUGGCCACGGAGAACGGAUACCUCUACCUGGAAGAAGAUGAAAGUCCAGCGUACCUGGCAGGACUGGGAACUGUGGGCAUGGAGAUCUAUGAGCAAGUGUCCAAACUGGAUGCAGUGGUUGUUCCUGCAGCCGGACAGUACGGUCUACUGGCUGGUACAGCUGUUGCCAUCAAACACCUCAACCCACAGAUUCUUGUCAUAGGAAUUGAACCAGAAAGUUUCCCUCUGCUGCUACAAUCUCUGAAAACUGACGGUCCAAUCAAAGACAUGCGCAGCAACCCCAAUAAGAAACUCUAUGGAGAUCUUAUGGAGCGUUCGCUGGGUGUUAACACCUUCCACCUGGCAAAGAAACUAGUAGAUAAAGUCAUCUCUGUCAGUGAGGAGGACGCUCUGGUGGCGAUGCUGCGGUUUCAGGAGUUUGAACGCUCCACUGUGGACACAGAGGGAGCCAUGGGACUGGCUGCCAUCUUGGCCGGACAGCUACCCGAGCUGAGAGGCAAAAAGGUCGCCGUAGUGGUGAGCAGCGCUAACAUGGAGCUGGAGCUUGUGAGGCAGUGCGUGGACCGAGCCCUGGUGCUGGACGAUCGGGUCAGUAAGUUCUCUGUGCAGCUGGGAGAAUGGCCAGGAGACAUGGCUAAGCUGCUGGACGUCCUGUCCAGAGAGGAUGUCAGGUUGUUGGACGUCUGCCAUCGGAGACAAAGUGAUAAGUCAGACCUCUUCAAGUCAAAGGUGGAGUGUGUGGUGGAAACCAGGGAUAAGACACAGAGCACUCAGCUGCGCAAGACGCUGAGUGAGCGCUACCCCUCUAUAUGCUGGCUGGGCCGGUGAUCACAACAACAACAUCAAUAUCUACACUAGAAAACAAAAAAAAGAAGAGGAAAUGACACAUCCUGUAACGUACACUACUACCAUAUAUGAACUCUGUUAUAGGACUCUCAUUAAGACAAUGGCUGUUAAGCAAACCUAAGUGUGUACAGAAAAGCCUUGAGAUUAUGUAGCGAAUACUAUUCAUAUUACUUCUAUUACUUAUGCUGCUAUUGUUCUUUAAUCAUUGCACCCUGUAAUUACGGUAAUUAAAGUGGUUAGGCUGCAUUCAGAGGAUGAAUAUAGUUCUUAUAGUUUAAUCACAGAGCAUGAAUCAUGCACUGUAGAUGCAAGCUUUUACUCCUCUAGUGACCUCUUUUUAAAGCAACUACACACCUCCCUAAAGCACCAGCAUAAAGGAUGUAUUUUUCAAUCCACAUUGUUUUUAAACUGUUGUAUAUAUUUCUGUAUUUAUACUGUCUGAGAUGGUAUAGACAAAUCCAAGUAAGUGUUCUCCAAAUAAAAAACUAAUUCUA